GCCGUCAUGAAAGUUCCCUUGUUUCAUUCACAAUUUUCUGCGAUUUUUAGCUUGCUCUCGGCUCAGCAACCGGCACCGACUGUGUCAGGCUAGCAUUAUUUUCCUCCUAUCUGCGCAAGCGAACACAGACCGGCACGCCUCACCCCAACACACACACACACACACACACACACACACACACACACACGUACACCCCGCGACUCGCCGUGCCUCCUCUGGCAACCGUUGUUGUCUCUCGCCUGUCGUGUAAGUUGGUGUCUCCUCGCUUGCUUGGUGUCGGUGUGCACAAACGGUUACUUUUGUUGGUUGCGACUCGCCCGCUUACCUACCGCGCGCUACGGGUGACACACACACACACAUCCAAACAAACAACUCGGACAAGAGGGCCUGCACCAGUGUCCUCGUAUCCACCACUCGAUCCUCGUCACGCACGCCCGCGUGCUCGUUCUUCCACUUUCUUCUGUCCCGUUUUGUUGCUGGACCGCUCCUGUCUACGGUUUGCUUGAAGCUUGUUUUCACUUGCUUGUGACACCUUUCAUCCCUCGUAACGCGCAGCAGUCAAACGCUCGAAGCGACAACCAACCAUGCCUCGUAUGGAGGUGUCGACAUCCAUGCAGCUGUCGGAUGUCCAGACGGACAACUACUGGCGCGACCGCUAUCGCCAUGACGGCAUCCGCGACAAGAAGUGGCAGGAGAAGCCGAAGAAGCGCCGCUCAUCCUCUUUCAAAGUGAUGCCUGUUGCACCACAGCUGCGCCCUGUGGAGAAGAGCACGUCGCAGUCGCAACUCGCCGUGGGCGGCCGCCGGUCCUCGUACGAGUGGAGCGUCCCUGCCAAGCCAAACCGCAAGGCGCAGUCGCUGCCAAACCUGCUCGUGCCGCCGCCGCCGCUCAAGCAAAACAAGCGCCAGUACCUUGCGCCACAGCAGGGCGGCCGCUACUCGCUCUCGCCAAUCCCGUCCCGCCCCACCUCCUCCAUGAACCAGACGUCCCCCAAGUAUCUGGUCCCGGAGGUGUGCAGCACAAACCCGUCCCCAUUCACGUCUCCAUCCAGCACGCGUAAGGCGUCGCUCACGUCGGCACGUAUGCAGGACAAGUCCCCACGCAUGGGCAGCAUGGGCGCAGGAGUCGGUCUGUCGAGGGAUGGAGGAAGCAAGUCCCCGGGCCAAGCCAAGCGCACGUUUGUUUCGGAUAUGUCCAGCAUUGGCCGGAACUCCCGCCGCUCACCCUUCCGCCGCUAGCUGGCUGUCUCCUAUCCCCCCCCCCCUUGCAGACUACCUCUGGUUGAACCUCUCCAACAACAAUUUUCAGCUACCUCCUCGUCCUUACCUCCUUCGCCCCCCUCCUCGAUGUCUCUCUCUCUCUCUCUGUGGACAUUGACGCCAUUGCUGUUGUUCCUACCGCCUGUUCUGUCAACCAAUCCCCCUCUCACAUCACCGCCGUGAUGUGUUUUUUCUUCCACUGUAUGCUAUGAUACUGCUAUGAUACCAUUUGAAUCACGUUUGUGAGUAGAAUUGCUCUUCCUCGCUGACCUCUCAGGGCCCUUAUUGCUGUACAUUUAUUCUUCCGUCCGUGUCUUCAUGUGUUGUCUUUGCUUGCGCUUUCGCUUGUGUUUCGUGGGAUCAUCAGGCACCCCUGUGUAUGGGCGCACAUGUGCCACGUGUGUGUUUGUGUGUGUGUGUGUGCAUGUCUGUGCACAUGGAAGCGAUUCGUUUGCGUGGGCAUGUGCACGCGCGUGCAUGUGUUCGCGAUGUGAUGAUCGUGUUGCUUCUUGUUCCGUGGUGUGUGUUGAUUGGACGGACGGGGCUUCCUUUCGUAUCUGAUUGACUUGAUUGAUUGAUUGACCCACUCUUUUGUUGAUUUUGCUCCCACUGAAUGCAUUACCGCUACCACCGCUGCCACCGCUGCCACCGCUGCCACUAAUCCCCGCAUGUCAUAUUGCUGUUGGGUGUGUUGGCGGUGGUGCGUGUGGUGGUUCUUUCCGUCCUUCAGUUCUGUUUUGGCUCGUUGAGUUUUUGCGUUUCCGUGCUGUCGGGUUGUAAUCAUAUACACAUGUGCACAAGCGAAA